CGCUAUCCAAUAGGCGCUUGUUUGAGUAAGCGGUGGGAGGGGGUCUGAUUUGUGAUACACCUCCGCUGAUAUUGGUCAGUGCGUGCGGCCUCACACAGGCAGACGGGAAUGCGGUGAGACUUGUGGCGCAGUGAUGGCCGCGGAGCCGGGCCUUUUAUUCCUGUCACAAUUCUGCUUCCUGCUGUUCCUGCCGCCCUGGACCGGAACACUGACAUCAGGUCUAACUUACCUGGAGCCGCCCUUCAACGUAAAAGUCCAUACGCUCCCCGACAAAUAUUCUGUAGUGUGGGACUGGAAUAAUGGCAAUAGGGAGGACGCUAAGAAUGUGACAUUUUCAGUGUUUGUCCGCAAAUUAAAAAAGAAACCAUCUGCCCAGUUUUGGAGCAGUGUCCCCGGAUGCCUUCACAUCUCUCACCACAACUGUAGCAUUGACCCAGCGCUCAUUGAUACUGAUAAGGAUUACAAAGUACAAGUCCGAGCUGAAAUGUCACAAAUUGGUUCUUCGUCCUCUGAUCCAGUAAUAUUUUCUGCAAAGGUAGCAGGGGAAACUGCUCCUCCAAUUGCUGUGCGUGUGGAACACAUUGAUGGGGGCGUCAGAAUAGAAACUAUCCUGCCUAAAAAGCAAGGAGAUCGGUAUGCUGCUGUGUUAUACUAUAUCUUGUUCAUUGGGACAAACCACUCAGUAGAGGAGAGAAAAUUUUUUUAUCCUAAAUUUCAUCUGUAUGACCUCACUCCUGGGGAAAACUACUGUUUCAACGUAACUGUGUUCGGCUCCAUAACACCGACCAACGGAAUGUUUAGUCCUGAGAAGUGUUUUACAGUGGAAGCCCUAGGAUUGGAUGGCCGGCCGUAUCCAGAGAAUGUAACAAUCGACGCUCUAAACACAAACUACAUGUUAAAAUGGGACUGGGAUGAUUCACUGUAUCCAAACGUGACAUUCUCGGUAGAAAUGGUGGCAGAAGGAGCAUUCUCAGACGGCUGGAAGCAAGUGAAUGGAUGUGAAAAUAUUAGCAUGCUCCACUGUGAUGUUUCCAGUAUAUACAUUUUUGGAACUUAUAAUUUCCGUAUAGCCGCAUCAUUUGAUAACAAGAAUAGAACGCUCUCCAGAGCUCUGCGGUUUCAUCCCCUUCAGGACACCACAAUUGGGCCCCCUUCAGACAUGAGCACAGAGUUACUUGCCACAAUGCUGCAGAUCAAGUUGCUGGAACCCAAAGCAUUUCACAACAAUUACUUAAAGAACACAUGUGACUGGGAAUACAAUCUGAUAUACUGGAAGGACAGUAAAUCCGACAGAGAGGAGAAAUCCGUAAAGGAGAAAUUGGGAAGGUUUGCAAUAGAAGUGGAAUCAUCAACCACAUAUUGCAUGAAAGCUUGUGUUGAAUGCCAAGACUCUAAAAGAAGAGGCCUUUUUAGUAAGAAGCAGUGCAUCACCACAGGGGCUGGUGCUCGGACAGUUUGGAGUGUGGGGAUUGGUAUUGGCUUCCUUGUAAGCAUAGUUGUUUCAGCAGUGGUUGUUUACCUCUGUGCUUGUCCUUUCAAACGAUACAUCAGGCAUAUAUUCUACCCUGCUGGAAAACUUCCAUCAAGCAUCGAAAAUGGUAUGCUUGAUUCACGUGUCAAAAUUCCAUUUGUAUUUCAAGAAGAAGAGGCUACAGAUGUGUGCUAUAUAAUUAGGAACAGUGGGCUUGAUGAAGACCAUGUGCAAAAUCAUAAAUAUUCGUUGAAAGAAAGCAGCGCAGACUCGGGUAAUUACUCAAACGAAGAUGAAGCUACAGGGGAGGCCUAUGGGAGGUGGCCUCUCCAUACAGAUAAUGUAGCCUCCUCUACAGCCAUUCAUAUGGACGCCUGACUCACAUAUUUUAUUGGUUGUUUACACAUAUAAUACAGCAGCCCACAGUCCUAUUAUGUGAUGUAUGAAACACAGGCUAGAUAAAUAUACAAAGUUUCACAUUUCACAUAUUAAUUAAUAGCAUGGCACUAUACAGUCAUAAAUUAAAUAUGGCUAAUAUUUAGUAAA